AUGGAUGAUAACAAUAAUCCAUAUUUUAGUAAUUUUUUUAGUAAUAAUAAUUCAGUUAUAAAUAAUGAUUUUCUUUUUUUAAAUGAUAAAUCAUUAUUUAAUAAUUAUAGUUUAAAUAAUGAUAAAGAUAAUAAUAACAAUAGUAACAAUAAUAACAAUAAUAAUAACAACAACAAUAAUCAUAAUAACUGUAAUAUUGAUGAUACUGAUAGUUGCUCAAUUUAUAGUAAUAGUAGUGGUGGUAGCAGUGGUGAUAGUUGGAAUAGUUUUAAUAAUGACUUAAAAACUAAUAAUUAUAAAAAAACUUAUUUAUAUUUUAAUGCUAAUCAAUUUUCACCAAUUAAUUAUAAUGAUGAUAUAGAAAAUCUUGUUGUAGAUUGGAUUUAUAAUCAGGUUAAAAUUAAAAUCACAAAGCCCUAUUGUGAAUCAUUAAAAAAUGGUGUUACACUUUGCAAAAUUAUAAAUUCUAUAAAACCAAAUACAAUUAAAAAAAUCAAUACAGGUACAGCCGUGUUUUCAUAUAGAGAGAAUUUAGUUAGUUUUGUUAAGGGUUGCGAAUUAAUUGGUAUGACUGAAGAUAUGUCCAGAUUCCAAGAUUUAAUUUUUGAAGAAAAAGAAACAAUUAUUUUUCAACAAUUACAUACCCUAAUGAGAUUUAGUGAAAAGAUUUUAUCGACAUCACCAGGCUCAUCCUCAUCAAUUUUAUCAAAUUCAUCACAAAAUAAUAAUAUUAAACCAUCACCAGUUGUUUUAAAAAGAGUUGCUCAACCAGUACCAGUUACACAGCCACCAUCCCCAGUACAAGAAAGAGCUCAUUCAGAAUCUAUUGCACCAAAACCAAUUUUAUCAGCAUUAAAUUCAUCACAAUUAUAUACAAAUUCAAAUAAAAUUGUUAGUAAAUCUAGAAUUGGUUUUAAUGUACCACCACCACCACCAGCACCAGUUGAAAAGAAAGAAGAUGAAAAAGAAAAGGAAAAGGAAAAAGAAAAAGAAAAAGAAAAAGAGAAGGAGAAAGAAGAGUCAUCACCAACAACAACAUCAACACCAACACCAACAUUGGCUUCUACAAUACUUAAAAAACCAGCAUCACCAGCAAUGUUAAAAAAACAAUCAUCUGGAAACUUAUCUUCAAAUUCUUUAUCAGGUUAUAUUAGUCAAAACCAAAACCAAAAUGUUUCAACCUCACCUGAAAGGUCAUUAAAAUCACCAACUACUUUAACAACUACCACCACAACAAAUACAAAUACCAAUAUUAUAAAAUCUUCAUCACCCGAAUCAGAGCUUACUGAAAACAAACCUGAAAUAAAUAAUAAUAAAAAUAACAAUAAUAAUAUUAAUAAUAAUAAUAAUAAUAAUAAUAAUAUUGAUGAAAAUAAUGAAAACAAUAUUACAACAUAUAAUAAACCACCACCACCUUUACCACCAAGAGAGGGUAGAGGACAACUAUCAGUCUCCACUGACGAGAUACAAUUUGAAAUGGAGCAAGCUAGUAUUUCAGAAGCUGCAGCAACAGUAUAUGAAGAAACUUCAGUUACAGUUCAGUCAGAAGAGCAAGUUUCGUCUAGAAGCAAUAGUGCAAAUAGUAGUAAUGGAGAGGUUAUCUCACCAACAAUAAUUCCAUCAUCUGUAAAAAAUAAAUUAGAAAAUAACACACCAACCAAUAAUUAUCAUACCAUUUCAACAUCAUCACCAACAUCUACUUCAUCACCAGCAUCAAUUAUAUCAUCCUCAUCCUCCUCAUCAUCAUCAAUAUUUUCUCCACCAUCACAACAGCAACAACAAGAACAUGUAUCAUCACCACAAUCACCUGUACCAAGAGAUCAAACACAUUAUAACACUGUAUCAUAUAGUAAAGAUAGUAAAGAAAAUAGUAAUAAUAAUAGUAAUAGCCCAAAUGGCCAAAUUAAAAAGCCAAGGUCUAGCACAAAGCAGAAAUUAGAAAAAAUAUUUUUUAGUAAAACCAAAUUAACAACUUCAACUACCAAUCUUAAUGUUAAAAGCCCUUCAUCUCCACAACCACCUGUAUCAAAUAGUAAUAGUAAUAACAAUAGUUUAGCAUCAUCAACAAGUAAUUUAAUAACCUCAUCGAAAUCUAAAUCUAAAAAGAAUUUAAAUAGUCAAUCCACCAAUAACACAAUUUCACCAGAUUUAAAUACUAAUAAUAAUAAUGACGAAGAACCAGUGUCAACAUUAUCAAUGUCAAAUAAUAGUAAUCAAUUAAAUUCAAGUGGUAACCAUUUUGAAGAUGAUACCAAUUUUUAUAAUAGUAAUAAUAAUAAUUCAAAUAACAGUUUAGGUAAUUUAUUACCAGAAGAACAAGUAAACAAUGAGGAGCUUAUGAAAGAGCUUGGCAAAGUCGAAUUUCUUUUUAAAGAUCGUAAAAUAUUAAAGGAUAGAAUUAGUUUUACCUAUCCAGAGAAAUAUAAGAAUCUUGUAGAAUAUGACGAAUUAUUACAAUUUGAAAAUAGCAGUACCUUUUUAACAGAAUCUUUCCUCCACCAACCAAAAAACCGCCAAAUGGAAAUUUGUCGUCGUGAAGAGCGUAGAUUUUUAAAUGAAAUUUUCACAUUAACCAACAUGUUAUCAAUAGUAGAAGAAAACAAAAGUUUAACCACUCGUAUUGAAGAGAUGCAAAAAAUGAUAGAGUCUUUAAUGGGUGAAAUCAAAAGAAAAAAUAAAACCGAAUCCCGUAAAGCUGAUGAUGGUAUUAUUUAUAAUUAUAACCAUGGUAAACUAGAAAUUAAAGGUGGAACAACUGAAAAGCUUAUCGAAUUGCUUUACAAUCCAGAGUUUGUUGGCUCCGAUUACUACGAAACUUUCCUCUUAACUUAUCGUUCUUUUACAUCACCAAAGAAAAUUAUGGAUGUUUUAACCAAGACUUAUAAUGAAAACUAUCCAGUCCAAAGCGAUUCAAUUGAUAUAGUAAAGAGAUUAGAAAUCGAAGAAGAAAAUAAAUCAAGAGAAAGAGUACAUCUUAAAAUCUGCAACUUUUUAAAACGUUGGUGUGACAAACAUUUUUAUGAUUUCGAUCAAGAUCUUGUUCAAGAGUUUAAUAUUUUCGUUGCAAAUUGUCGUGAUCAUCAAGAGGUAUUCCAAAAAGUUAUUAAUAAGAUUAGUGGUAUUGUUCAUAGUGAUGACAAAACAGUACUCUCACCAAUUUUUAAUAGUUCAGCACCAGCUUCAAUUCUUCCAAAGCUUCCCAUUCAAUCAUUUGAAGAUAUGGAUCCAGUUGAAAUUGCUCGUCAAUUAACCAUCAUCGAAUUUAAUCUUUUCAAACAAAUUGCAAACAAAGAAUUCCUUUCACUAUCGUGGCAGAAAGCAGAUAAAGAAAAGAGGUCACCAAAUUUAUUAAAAAUGAUUUACCGUUUCAACGAAGUUAGUAAUUGGGUAUCCACCACAAUCGUUAAAGAAACCAACUUAAAGAAACGUGCUUUUUAUUUAAAGAGAUUCAUUAGAGUUGCAGAAGAAUUUAAAAAAUUAAAUAACUUUAAUGGUGUAUUUGUAAUUGUAUCAGGUCUUCACUCUGCAUCUGUAAAUAGACUCAAAAAUACUUGGGGCGAAAUCUCUAAACAACAAAUUAAACAAUUUGAAGAGUUUGUUGCUCUUACUUCACCAAACAGUAGUUUUGCUGCUUAUCGUUUAGAAUUACGUCAAUCAACUGGUGCUCGUAUUCCAUAUUUAGGUGUACAUCUCAGUGAUCUCACUUUUGUCGAGGAGGGUAACCAAGAUAGAUUAGAAAAUGGUUUUACAAACUUUUUCAAAUGUAGAUUAAUAGCCGAACAAAUUAAACAAAUUCAAGAGUUUCAACAACAACCCUACAAUCUUAGUGUUGUCGAAGAUAUGUUACCAUUUUUAAAUCAUAAAAUUAUACCAGAAUCUGAAUGUUUUAAUUUAUCUUUAAUAUGUGAACCAAGAGAAUCACAAAUAAUAAUAGUUAAAUAA